CUCAAAUCGCUGUGGUUUACCAAGCUGCCGCUGUAUCUGCACGAGCCAUUCUUUUCGCCGGCCGCCAUCACGGAGCCGCAGCUGUUUGUCUAUGGACCCAACACACUGGAUGUCGAGUGCCUGCGCAUCCUGGCACUGCUAAAGUUUGUGCAGUUCAAGUUUGAUGUCCACUACACACGCGAGCCCAAUAUGUCGCCAAACAAGAAGCUCCCGUUCAUGCUCCUGCCCGACGGCACCGCACUCGACAGCACAGGCAUUGUUGAUCACCUGGACAAGAGCGGGCACCAGCUGCCCAAGAGCGAUCUGCAGGAUGAACUGGUCUACACAACCAUGGUGCGUCGUAACUUGGUCCCCGCCAUCGACUAUAUGACCUGGGUUGACCAGACGGGGGUUGAGAAGGUU